AUGAACGACUGCCUGUCAUUAAAUGCGACAGCCGGACGAGUCGCUUACUUGGCACACGAAAAGGAGGAGAAACGUGUACAAGAACGUCGGCGUCAUCUCGUUUAUCUUAUCGCCGCUUUUUUACGAGAACAGGGUUACUCCAGUACCGCGGAAAGUCUCUUCAAAGAAGCUCAACUCUCUCGAGAUAUUCACGUAUGUGACAAUAUCGAUCUCGAAACUAUCAUUCUCGAGUAUACCGAUUAUUAUUACGCCAAGUACAAUAAGUAUCCUAAGUUGUGUAAGAAGAUUGAAGUUGGUAACGUAGCUUCAAAUAUCAACAAAAGAGUAGAAAGAGUUUCAAGGAUCUACUCAAAGCAAGAUAAUCGUAUUACCGAGGAAUGUAACAAUACUGGCAAAAAUAAAGUUGCACAAAAAUAUGCCACUUCCACAUGGAAUGAAUUGAAUCUUGGUAUUACGGUUACACCGAUUUUUCCCACAGAGAAUGGUGAUCGAGUCGUUUUGUCCGACGAAAUAUUCACCAGUAACGAAAAAUCACUGAAACCUAUCGAUAACCUCUAUCCACUUAGAUCUGAACUAAAAGAAAUUGCAGAUAUUAUGUCACGAGAAAUAGUGCAACAAAAUUUGAAUGUUCAUUGGGAUGAUGUGAAGGGAUUGAAAGAUUGCAAAUUGUUAUUAAAAGAAGCCAUACUUUACCCCAUGAAAUAUCCAAGUUUAUUUAAUAGGAGACUCGGUUCUUGCAAAGGCGUAUUAUUAUAUGGUCCGCCGGGAACUGGUAAGACGAUGCUUGCGAAAGCAGUCGCUACAGAGUGUCAAGCAACCUUCUUCAACAUCACUUCCAGUUCAGUUAUCAGCAAAUGGAGAGGAGAUUCAGAAAAAUACAUACGCGUGCUCACCGAUCUUGCUAAACAUUAUGCACCAACGAUAAUCUUUAUUGAUGAAAUCGACUGGACGACCACGAAAAACAUAGAUCAUACCUCGAGUUCGGAACCUGCUAGAAGAUUUCGAGCUGAACUUCUCGCCAGAUUGGACGGUUUAUUGUCAAUGGAAUAUACGAAUGUAGUAUUAUUAGCAGCUACAAAUGUUCCAUGGAAUAUAGACAUAGCCUUAUUGCGGCGUUUAGAAAAAAGGAUUUUUGUGGACCUACCCGAAGAAGCUAGUCGAUUAGAAAUAUUGCAAUCUUAUGUGCGCGAUGAUCUGUAUAAUUCGCCGGAAAUACUCAAACUUGCGCAAGAAACCGAAGGGUAUUCUUGCGCAGAUUUGAAAUUGCUCUGCAAGGAGGCAUGGAUCAAUCAAUUGCGGCCCAUUUGGGCAAAUCUCGAAGCUAAAACAAUUUCCGUGAAUAAUAUUCAAAAUGAUGGUUUAAUUAGUGCGAUUAAUCAUAUUGCGCUUGCUAAAGUCAAGGUAAAACCCAUUACCAAACAUAUAAACGCACAAUAUAUGGAAUGGCAUGAAGAAUUUGGUUUUUCAAAAUAA